AUGGAUGCCCGCUGUUUUUUUUUUUCUUUUUUACGCACUGGGGAGACAAAGGAAGGUGAACAAAUUGCAAAGGGAUAUAGCAAGAGAGUGGGAGAGAUGACUGAGGUUUUACAAGUUUCUUUGCAGUGUUACAUGGGGCGCUUUUGCCUACCAGUAGACCCACAGCUGAGUAUUCGCGAGACGUUGCGGUACUUCAGACGGAAGGUCCCGGAAUUGGGUCAAGUGGAUAUGGACGCCUACGCGGUAAACUACAACGGGAAGUUAUUGCUGGAAGAAACCAUCACACUAAAGAGCGCACAGGUUGGGGAGGACGGUGUAUUGAUACUUGUGAAGAAGAGCGAUUGCCCUGCGGCCGACACCAGAAAGGAUGAGGAUGACGAGUGA